ACACAAUCGCGAGCUAACCGGCUCCAUAGCGGGCGUCGCAGAUCUUCGGCUCGUUCAGCUCGGCUCGCGCUCUAGUCCGCGAAGCAGAUACGCGCGUGGAGGAAACUCUACGCGUGAGGACAGUUUGGGUUAACAAAAGAGGAAAAUGAGGACAUUUCUACCUUCUUCAGCUCCAGGUCCACGGGCGCCGCCAUGUUCACGCCUACACUGUUGACCCACACUGCGCACGCGCAAGACUGCUGGCCCCGCCCAGGAAACGGAAAUCUCUCAGCGCGCGAGGUUUGGAUUGAAGAGCUUACGCGCGCCCGGCUCAGUAAAGUGUCCGCGCGACAAAGAGAUUCUAACUUAACAGAGCACUGCAGAACCGAGCCGAGCCGAGCAGCAUGGCCACCCCGCCGAAGAGAGCGUGCCGCGUCCCCGCUUCCCCGCCGCUGGACAGCAGCUUUUCCCGGAACCUGAAGAAGAUCUCCAUCGAGGGAAACAUCGCUGCCGGGAAGUCCACCUUCGUGCACCUCCUGCAGGGGGCGUCAGAGGAGUGGGAGGUGAUCCCUGAACCCAUCGGGAAGUGGUGCAACGUCCAGAACGACAGUGAUGACAUUUACGAGGACUUGAGCUCCUCUCAGAAGAGUGGAGGGAACCUGCUGCAGAUGUUGUACACCAAGCCGAGCCGCUGGUCCUACACCUUCCAGAGCUAUGCAUGUCUCAGCAGAGUUCGAGCUCAGCUUCAGCUUCCUUCGGUCAAACUUCAGCAGGCAGAGAAUCCCGUUCAGUUCUUCGAGCGCUCGGUCUACUCAGACAGGUACGUUUUUGCCUCCAACCUGUUUGAAAGUGGGAACCUGACUGAAACGGAGUUCAGUGUUUAUCAGGACUGGCACACCUGGUUGUUGAACCAGUUUGAGUCGGACAUCGCCCUGGACGCCAUCAUCUACCUGAGAGCCCCACCUCAGCGCUGCAUGCAGAGGCUGCUGCACCGGGGGCGGGAGGAGGAGCAGGGCAUUCCUCUGGAGUACCUGGAGCAGCUUCACUUCAAACACGAGGCGUGGCUAAACCACCGGACCCUCAGGUUGGACUUCGAUUACCUGAACGAGGUCCCGGUUCUGAUUCUGGACGUCGAGGAAGACUUCAAGAACGACCGCAUCAAGCAGGAGGCCAUCGUCGACAAGGUCCGAGAGUUUCUCAGCACGCUGUGAGGUCACAGGUCAGCGUGCCGGCAGCUGAUUGGUCAAUCCAAUUUCGAUUCCCUUGAAGAACCAAGACUAAAGGGAAAACAAGUUUUAAAGCUUCAUGUAGAUUUUUAAUUGUCAUUUUUCUGUGUGUACAUUUUUAUUCUUGACUCAUUAUGACUUGACUUGACUCAUUUUUAUUGUUUUUAUAUUUAUGCUCAAAGGUCUUUUUUUUUUCCAUUUGAAGUUUGUAAAUGAACAGUGUCUGUGAACACACCGCGGUGCCUUCAGGAACAAACUCAU